CUCCUCCCUCCCCACCCGCAAAAAGAAAGGUCCUAAUGCAAAUGGCCUCUGGGAACGUACAAAUGUCUUAGUUUUUAGUUACACGGGUCAUAUGUAAUGCUUAUUUUAUUAGAUUUUUCUCUCCUCACUUAAUCAAAUUAUAAUUGGAUGACGUUUGGAUCUUAUUUUGAUAAACACUGCCUAAACAUGCGUUUCGAGGCGAAGCGGUGCGGAGUGUGCUUCAGGCCACCGUCCAUUGUUCUGAUUUAUGAAAACACGGAGACCAACAAAGUGAGAAAACGAAUAAUUCCCGUGCGAAACUUCUCGCGCUAUUCCGAUUACAGCCUGGCCGCCGAAAGGCUGAAGAACCACCCCCGGCACAAAGAUUACCUGCAAGGGGUCUCCCAGAACCAGCUGGAGAGGCUGCACGUCAUCCUGCGUGACCACCUGCAGGGCUUCACCUUGGAGCACAGCCUGGCCUCGCUGCAGGUGGCCCCCGACGAGGACCUGAACAAGCUGGAUGACGACGAGCUGACUCGCAAGAAGAGCCACAUGGACGAGCUGUUCGAGAGGAACCGCACGCACAGAGAAGACCCCGAUUUUGUUUACGACCUGGAGGUGGACUUUGGCAAGGGGGCCGACGAGAAAUGCAGCUGGGAUGAAGAAUCUGAUGAUGAAUUUUAAAGUUUCGCUAGAGAAUACAAUUUCUGAUGCUGAACUCCUGAAACAUUUUGGGACUAGGGACCACUUACAUGGUGGGAGAUUUCGUCAAGGAGCAAGGAAACACAAAUACAAAAUGAAAAUACUUGCAAGGAGCAUGCAGAAGACGCUAACGCAGUACGAACCGUGUGGUAAAUGGCCAACCAUAGCUCCUGAGAUCACUCAUUUUUUUGUAUAAUGUCCCAUGUUUUACAAUGCGGUGCUUUUUUUCUUUAUUAAAAGCAAUUAACAAAACAACUGGUUUGAUUUGGCUAAGAAAUGUGGAAGGCAAGAUAAAUUUGUAAAACGUUCCCAUUCAUUUAAGAAUUUUUACAUGGAAAAAAGUGUUAAUGUAUCUUCAAAAAUGUGGGAAACGUCAGUCCUUUUGUAAAAUGUCUCCACUAAUUUGGGAACUUUGUCAUGGAAAACGUGGAUUAAUGAUUAAUGAAAAAUAGUUCUGAAGAUGUCCUGUGUGAAUUGAAUCUGUUGAGAAAUAUAGAAAGAUAAGUUACAA